AUGUCGUCGUCGUCGACCACAAAUGCAGGGAGGAGGAGAAGGAGCAAAGGUCGCCAGAGGAUUGAGAUAAAGAAGAUGGAGAACGAAAGCAACCUGCAAGUGACCUUCUCGAAGCGUCGAGCUGGUCUCUUCAAGAAGGCCAGUGAGCUUUGCACUCUCUGCGGCGUCGAGGUUGCCCUAAUCGUCUUCUCUCCCGGCGACAAGGCCUUCUCGUUUGGCCAUCCGAGUGUCGAUGCUGUUCUGGACCGUUUCCUGAACGGUGGCGUGCCACCACAACCUCCAUCAGCUCCUAUGCAAAUGAUGGAGGUUCACCGGAACGCCGCCGUCCAGGAGCUUAACUCUCAGCUCACUCAGGUUAUGGAAGAGCUUGAGGUGGAAAAGAAGCGCGGGGAAGAACUCAACAGGAGGAUGAAGGAGAUGGAGAACAAGUUCUGGUGGGCUAAACCAGUUAAUACGCUCAAUAAAGAUCAGCUUGUGACCUUGAAGGCAAGUCUGGAGGAGAUGAAGAAGACUUUCUGGCGUCGAGCUGAUAAUGCUUUUUUCCACAUGGCUUCAAAUGCUAAUAAACCGUUUCAGUUCCAUGUUGGCAGCUCUUCCUCCGGCCGCCAGCUAACUCCACCGCCUCAGCCGCCACCAAUGCAGAUGGCAGCGUCUCCUGCAGCUCAGGUGUUUCCGACCCCUUUCGAGCAGACAGUACUCCCGCAGCAACCUCCGAUGCCACUACCUCAUCAGAUGAUUCAGAAUCCGAUGUUCGAAGGAAACAUGAUGCUCUCGCCGCCGCCGCCGCCACCACCACCGGCAACCCAAGGAUUCCGGCAAUAUCAGAACAUGGGAGAACACAGCGGAUCAGGAUACUACUGA